AUGCACAGUGUAAAUCUCAAGCUGGUGGCCUUUGCCUGCGUGACGGUGGCUUUCUGGGCGGAGGGCGGCCAGCGGAGGGCGACAGGUGGCGGGAGCAGGCGGCGAUCCCACCGGGUCCAGCAGGGGCAGUGCAGUUACACCUUCGUCCUGCCCGAGGCCGAGCCGCAGCCCUGCCCGCCGACGAGGGCGACUCUCCGCGCCAACACGCUGCAGGGGGACUCGCCCGCCGCCACGCUGCAGACCCACAACUGGUCCGCCCAGCGCGUGCAGCAGCUGGAGAGGGUCCUAGAGAACAACACCCAGUGGCUGCUGAAGCUGGAGAGCUACGUGCAGAUGAACGUGAAGUCGGAGAUGGUCCGGAUCCAGCAGAACGUCGCUCAGAACCAAACAGCCACCAUGCUGGAGAUUGGUACCAACCUCUUGAACCAAACGGCGGAGCAGAGCAGGAAACUGACGGUUGUGGAAGCGCAGGUUCUGAACCAAACCGCACGAAUCGAGAUCCAGCUGCUGGAGAAUUCCCUGUCCACCAACAAGCUGGAGAAGCAGCUGCUGCUGCAGACGACUGAAAUUCACAAGCUGCAGAACAUGAACAAUGUCCUAGCGGCGCGGGUGCUGGAGAUGGAGACCAAGCACCAGACAGAGCUGGACGGGAUCCGCACAGAGAAGGAGAAGCUGCAGCGCCUAGUGAGCCACCAGAGCCACACGAUUGAGGACCUGGAGAAGUCCCUCCACGCUGCCAACAGCAACACCAGCCUGCUCCAGCGGCAGCAGCUGCAGCUCCUCGAGUCAGUCCAGAGCCUGGUCCAGCUGGUCUCGCAGGGCAAAGCUCCCCUCGCGAAGGAAGAGCAGGUGUCCCAGGACUGUGCUCAGACCCGCCAAGCCGGGUUUAACGCCAGUGGGGUUUACACCCUCCACGUCGCCAACAUGACGGAACCCAGGAAGGUGUUCUGUGAUAUGGAGACAGACAGAGGCGGGUGGACGGUGAUACAGCGCCGAGCCAAUGGCAGCGUGAAUUUCCAGAGGAAGUGGAAAGAAUACAAACAGGGCUUUGGAGACCCUGCCGGGGAGUACUGGCUGGGGAACGAAGCUGUGCAUCUCCUGACAAGCCAGGCUUCCUACUCGCUGAGAGUGGAGCUCCUGGACUGGGAAGGAAACCAGGCCUACGCCCAUUAUGAGACGUUCCAGCUGGGCAGUGAGCGUCAUCUUUACAGGAUCUCCCUGAAGGGCUACAGCGGCACCGCUGGGCAGCAGAGCGGCCUGGUCCUCCAGGGAACCAACUUCAGCACCCGCGACUCGGAUAACGACAACUGCCUCUGCAAGUGCGCCCAGAUGCUGUCGGGAGGUUGGUGGUUUGACGCCUGUGGUCUGUCGAACCUGAACGGCAUCUAUUAUCCCGCCAAGCACAAUGUCCGGAAGCUCAACGGGAUCAGGUGGUACUAUUUCCAGGGGCCCAGCUACUCUCUAAAAGGCACACGCAUGAUGAUAAGACCUUCAGACUUCUAG